UCAAAUUCAACACAUAACAAACUUUCAAAAUGUUUCCCAUUGUGCCCCUGCUGCUCAUUCUCACCUUUUUGGGUGUAGGCCAGUCCCAGACAAAUUGCACUUUCGUUGCUCUGCUAAAAGACCUGAAUAGUAAUUUACAAAUAAAUGUGCGUCCAACGAAACAAUGGACAUCUCCAACAAAUGUAUUUUUGGACCUUCGCUUAUUUGCUAUUGUAGAUAUGGAUAUGAAUUUGCAGUCUAUAACCACAUAUUUCUGGAUGAACGUGACAUGGAGAAAUGAUUUCACACAAUGGAAUCCAGAAACUUACUGUGGUAUUAAGAGCUUUUUUGUUCCUGACACCAAAUUCUGGAAACCAGACAUUUACAUUUCUGAAUUGACUCAGUCUGAUGAAAAACCUCUUGUAAUCCCCUAUUUCAAUUUGUCAUCUGAUGGCCAUGUGAUUCAAGAAAAACCAUUACGGAUUGUUAGCACCUGUAACUUAGACAUUUACAAGUUCCCCUUUGAUACACAGAGUUGUUCCCUGACUUUUGGCUCUAACGUGUACGGAGGUAAAGAUAUUAUUCUUGCUCCAAGUAGAGACAGCUACAGUGUUACAAAACGUUCACUAGAAGUGUUUGCUAGCAAAGGAGAAUGGAUCCUCGCAGACAUUGAUGUCCAAAAUUAUGAAAACUCACAGAUGGUAAUGUAUAUGCCAUAUGUUUUUGAGGUUAAGUCUCAUCUGAAAGAUACUACGCAGAUGAUCCGUGAACUGGCUACUAUAAAGUGGAAUGAGAACUCUACCCUAGUAUCUAUGGAUGUUACUUCAUUGUACACCAUAAUCGAACAUGAACAAGGGUGUAACUCCGUAAUGAACACACUAAAAAGAACUGGAAGACUGACAGAUGCACAGAUCAAUUUUAUUAUAGAUGGUAUUGGAUUUAUACUUAAGAACAACUAUUUUCCGUUUGAAGGUCAAUUCUAUUUACAGAAAAGAGGAGACAUAGAAGAAUUACAAAAAUUCCUUGAAUAUACCAACAAAAACAACUGGGGAGUAUCAUUGAAUACAGUCUACAGCAGAUCAGAGGUUGAAUUUUUGGAUCUCACCAUUUAUAUAGAGUCUGAUGUGAUUAAAACUAAAACCCACUUUAAAGAAGUUGAUGUGAACAGCUUUAUCUUAAAAGAAAGCUGUCAUCUUCCUACAUGGUUGAAGAAUGUUCCGUAUAAUGAAUUUAGAAGAUUAAGACGUAAUUGUACAGACCAUCGAGUGUUUAUGGAACAAGCAAAAAGUGUGAGAGAAAUUUUUUUUGCCAAAAACUAUGAUUCUGCGGAAGUACAUGAUGCACUUGUGAAGAUGGAAAAACUAGAACAGAGUGACCUACUGGAAGAAAAAAGAAAGAUAGAGACAUCAGAGUCAGAUAAGAAGUUUCCAGCGAUAAUCCUGGAUUAUAACAAGGAAAAUAUGCAACUUAAGAGGAUACUUCGAAAACACUGGCAUUUACUGAAGAAGGACAAACUACUUGCUAAACAUGAGGAUGGCCAGAGUCAGUUGACCAUCCUACAGUCCGGUAAACUCCUGGUAGCCCCUGUGGUAGACAGACACUGGAGGCUGUCUUACCCGUGCAAUAUUUCCAUAGAGAGAAUUCCUUUAAAGUAUAUCAUUAACAUCAUUAUCCCAGCUUUCUUAAUGGUUUGUAUGGAUAUUGUCAGUAUGUUCAUCCACCCAAAUGGAGAUAGACUUGGUUUUAAAAUUACCGUGGUCUUCGGAUUCUCUGUGAUACUUCUGAUUCUGAAUAACAUACUCCCUAAUUCCGACAGUCCACCAGCUUUGGGUAUAUUCUGCUGUGCAUUCAUGGCUAUAAUGAUUUUCAGUAUAGCUGGAUAUGUGUUGACCUCGUACAUGGUGGACCUUUCUUUUAAACAAUCAAAGGUCCCAAGAUGGAUAAUGAUUUGCUUUCUAAAGAAGUUGGCACCUGUGAUUGGGGUAAAAUUAAAGGUGGCUAAAAAAGAUAUGGAAAGAGUGCUUGCAGUAGAAAAUGAUUGUUAUGAUAACAACACAAAAAGAAAAUUACAACUUUACAAGAAGAGAAAGAACUUUCAUCGAAAAGUCAUCCUGGAUGCAAAGAUCCUAAGGAAGAUGCUGGCAGAGAUUGUUAGCAUCCAAGAAAAGUGGAACAUGUCUAUUAGCAAGGAUAAUAUGGAGUCCGAGUGGUAUACAGCAGCAGAAGUGAUACAGCGUCUGAUCCUGAUUUUUUAUAUUUUGCUUGUGAUUGUUGUGUUUAUUUUCCUAAUUGUUGCUUGGGUGAAUUGA